CACAUGAUGUUUAAACUCUUCCGCUUUGUGACACUCCCAGUCAAGAAGCCAAUCAAAAUCAAACGGAGUAUCUUCCUCUCUUUUUUUAAAACUCUCAUCUUCUCAGUUUACGCUCGUUGUAAUCAGUUAUGUAACUUUUAAAAAAUCAACUAGUGCCGUUUGCCGUCGCUUUCUCGCUGAUGGACCGCCGCGCGCUUCUUUGAGGAGCGGCUGCUGUGCGUCCCGCCGGCUAUGGCGUCCGUGUAUAGCGGAUCCCACACCUUGAGCAAGGAUGAUGUGAACUAUCGAAUGCAUUUCCGAAUGAUAAACGAGCAGCAGGUCGAGGACAUCACGAUAGAGUUCUUCUACAAACCCCACACGAUAACGCUGCUAACAUGCACGGUGCUCAGUUUGAUGUACUUCGCGUUUACAAGAGACGAUGGAAAUGCUGACAGUAAUGUGUGGGUGGGGCUCAUCCUGGUCAUCUCCUUCUUUCUUGUCAUCAGUGUUUUGGCAUUUCCGAAUGGUCCAUUUACUCGACCUCACCCAGCCAUUUGGAGGAUUGUGUUUGGUCUGAGUGUGUUGUACUUCCUGUUCUUGGUUUUCAUCAUCUUCCUCAAUUGGCAACAAGUGAAACAGCUCAUGUACUGGUUAGAUCCAAACCUGCGGUAUGCCAAGAGAGAAGCAGAUAUUAUGGAAUAUGCUGUGAACUGUCAUGUCAUCACCUGGGAGAGAAUCCUGAGCCAUUUUGACAUUUUUGCAUUCAGUCAUUUUUGGGGCUGGGGUAUGAAGGCUCUUCUUAUUCGGAGCUAUGGCCUGUGCUGGACCAUCAGUAUUACCUGGGAGCUCACAGAGCUGUUCUUCAUGCAUCUGCUGCCAAACUUCGCUGAAUGCUGGUGGGACCAAGUCAUUUUGGAUAUCCUGCUAUGUAAUGGAGGGGGGAUCUGGCUCGGUAUGACUGUGUGCCGCUUUUUGGAGAUGAGGACGUACCACUGGGCCAGUAUCAAAGACAUCCACACCACCACAGGGAAAAUCAAACGUGCAGUGCUGCAGUUUACUCCUGCAAGCUGGACCUACGUACGCUGGCUCGAUCCAAAGUCUUCCCUGCAGCGAGUGACAGGCGUCUAUUUAUUCAUGAUCAUCUGGCAGCUAACAGAGCUGAACACAUUCUUCCUCAAACACAUCUUCGUUUUUCCUGCAAGUCACGCUCUUAGCUGGUGCCGAAUCCUUUUCAUUGGCAUCAUCACAGCUCCAACAGUGAGGCAGUAUUAUGCAUACCUCACUGACACGCAGUGUAAGAGGGUUGGGACGCAAUGCUGGGUCUUUGGGGCCAUAGCGUUUCUGGAGGCGUUGGCAUGCAUUAAGUUCGGACAGGACUUAUUCUCCAAAACCCAGAUCCUGUAUGUGGUCCUUUGGCUGUUGUGUUUGGCCUUCAUUACAUUCCUGUGUCUGUAUGGAAUGGUGUGGUAUGCAGAAACAUAUGGUCCGAGAGAAAAGAGCCUCUCUGAAUGUGAGGACAGUAAUUACACAGAGUCUCCUGAGCAUGUGUCAGAAGAAUUUAAAGGAAAACUAGACGUGGAUGGUGACAGUCCUACACUUAGGAGAAGAGGAACAGGCUCGGGGAAGUCCAAAUCGAUCAAUGGCUUCGACAGCCAAUAGUGAUUGAGGACAAAGUUUGCUGUCAAAUGACUCUGGAAAUGGGGUAAAGAUUAUACAGGUGUAAUGGAAGUCCAAAAAAAGAAAAAAAAAACAAAUACGACCCCACCGGCCAUUGAAGAGUGGCCCCAGCAGAGAACAAGUGAACGAGCAGAUCCAUGUAGUGUUAUCAGGAGUGAACAGCGGCUUAGGCUAACGCAGAUGGGGUUUGCCCUGACGCCAACAAGGUCCUCAACCAACUAAUUCCAGGUUUCUUUGAUUGACCGUAACUAUGUAGGAGUGAAGGAAUAAAAACUGCCUAUUCUAGAUGUGACUGCAUGCUCUUUGUAGCUGAUAUUACACUUUCAAUAUGGUAAAUGUUAAAAAAACUGUACAUCUAUCUGACUGGUGGACACCAGCUUUAACUACGGUAUGUUCGGUUCUGCACAUUUCACUGUUAAAAAGCCAUGAUUGUGAAAUAAUCACUUUGAGUUCGACAGAAGUCCUUUUUGUUUUUUUAUUUACAAACAUUUGUCACUGAUUAUCUGUGUAAUAGUUGUUCCUGUUUUUAACUUGAAUAUGGGAAGGAUUGAAAUUCAAGACUUUGCUGUCAGGAUCAUCAGUGGAGAUUUGUUUUAAACACAUAAUGAUGCAAAGCACAGUUGAAGCACUUUGCAGAAUGUUUCCUUUAAAACUGUAUUGAUUUGUAAUGUUUCAGUAUUUUUGUGGGCCAUUGUGAUUUUGAGUGACCUCCCUGUGUCAACCAACCCUUUUGUGGCUGCUAUCAUUUUUAUUUUUUACAUUUUACUGUACUGACAAAAGAGGGCAAUUAUCCACAUUAUUGCAUGUGUUGUCGACUUUUUUCCUGUUGGUGUGUUAAUGACACUUUUAAUAUACAACUGCAUGACUGAUUCGAAUCAACCGGUUUGGUCCAAACAUGUUACAAAGUCGCACGCCACACAUUGCUCGUCUUUUGUUUUUAUUUCACCCCUUGUGCCUGUUGUUGCAUAGAAAUUCAUUUGUGUGUGUGUUUUAUCAUUUGUGUGUGCUUUGUUGAAAGUUUAACAUUCAGUAUCAUCUCCACACUAACACGGCCCUCGUGAUUUUUGACAAUCCAGACGGUGACUGAAGAACCGGGCUCGUGUUUGACUGCAGGCAUUAUAAAGGGUACACACACUGUUUGUGGAGUUGGAUUUCAUGUCAUUUGCCAAAAAAGAAACAAAAUCAGAAAAAGAUUAUUGCUGUUGUGUCAACUGUGAAUUAAGGCAGCCCAUUAAAAAGUUUUACAUCUCC